AUGAGAGCUGAAAUAUUGCUAUUACUAUAAACUGCUGCUGUUGGAAUAGUAUUGGUAGAAGGCCAAUUCACUUUACAAUAAUCUUAUUCAUAAUGCUCCAAAUGCCUUUCAGAUCCCUUCAAGAAGUUCUGUUUUGACGGCAAGUCCAACUAUUUCUGCUGUAGCACAGUGAAACCUCGCAAGCAUGCUUUAACUCAAUUGAGAGGGGAUAAUUAAACCAUACUGGAAGAUUUCUGUGAUCCCAGCUACUAAUGCUCUAAUUCAGAUUAUACUUAGUCUAUGACGAAGUACCAAUUCUGCCCUUCAGAUAAAUAGAUUUGCAAGAAUGAAAAGCCUCUAGAAAUGUAUUCUUCAUUCCCAUUUCACUCAAACGCUCAUAAAACAAUCAGCCUGAAUAGAUUACCAGAGAAUUAUGUUUGCAACUAUGAGAUAGAUUUGCUUUACAAUGAGGAAUUUGACGAUAUGAUGCAUCUUACAGUUUAAAAUCAUGAGGAUGUUAAGGUAGGCAUAAGCUAUUAGAAUAAAGCUAAUGGUGGUAAUAGCAUCAGAGAAAUAGGACUUGUAAGUGAGGUUAACUGCAUUUAGCAGAGUAAUUGUACAAAAGACACCUCUGGCUAUCUGAAUUAUUAUCUCUCAAACUCAGACAAAGCUUUUGUUACAGUUAUAAGUUUAGAAAAUAGUAAAAAUACUUAAUUCCAAUUAGAGGCUGUUGUCGCUUCCAAGAAUUCUAGCGUUAUGUUUUUCUUGAUUUAGACUUUUGUUAUAUGGAUUAUCUUCUUGAUUUACUUCAAGAUCUUUAUAAGAUUUAUUCAGGACUAGCAUAAAGAAUGGUAUGAGAGGAAAAGUAAAGAAGAGUAGGAAGAAGUUUAAGAGGCCAAAAGACUCAAAGAAAUCAUUGAUUUUUGA